AUGUCUGAAUGUGAAAGUCAAUCUUGUGGAAAGGAUACUGAUAAUAUACAAGAUAUAUUUAUAUUAUCAAGUAGAAGAGGUCGAAGAAAUGCAAUGCAUGAAUAUUCUAUGGAACAUAUAGAGGCUACAGCACAUCAAUUAACAAGUAGAUUUUCUGAAAUAGAAACUAAUUGUGAGGCAGACAAUAAAAUUUCUCAGCAACAUGAAUGUCAACAACCUAUUUCUAGUACAGAUUCACCUCCAUCAUAG